UUACAAUAGUUUCCAACACGGGUAGGCGAGGCGUUCCUCCCUCAAGAUCACUACAGCAGCCCGUUAAAGAUUCCAGAUUCCAGACGGGCGUCCUCUUCUCCCCCCCUCCUCCCUCCCCCUCUCCCUUCCCUCUGCGUCCUCUCCCUACUCUCCCACGCCUCAGAAGGGUCACGCCAUGGCAGCUGUUGUGACCCUUCUCUUAGUGGUGACCUUGUGUGCCCAGGGAACUCUCGCUGACCCACAGAGACCGCUUAAUCCUUCGCGGCCCAAAGCAUUUGACUUCGCGGCGGAUGCAGAGAACAUCGUAGGACAGCUGAACGCGAAUUUCUCCUGCGACGGUCUGGAAUAUGGCUACUAUGCGGACCAGAACCACGGCUGCCAGGUCUUCCACAUCUGCAUGCCGGUCAAAACUGCCACGGGGAGAAUCCUUGACACCUUCCAGUUCAGCUUCUUCUGCCCGAAUCAGACACGAUUCAGUCAAGACUCACGCACAUGCAUCGCCAAGGAGCGCGCCUUCCCCUGCCAUAAGGCACACACUCUCUACGACCUCAACAGUCACAUCGGUCAGCGACCAACCAAGAGGAAGAGGCCCGUUGACCCAGACGCGCCACUGCCUUCAUCUCCUCACAGAUUCAGCGUCGGCAGAUCCCAAGCGUCCUCCUCCUUCACAGACGAUGUAGGGUCUUUCGAGGGAUCCUUCGAAGUUAAACAAUCUGAAUUCGAGUCAUCAACUUCCUUUGGGUCGCAAGAUUCUUCUCACUUCCUGCAGGAUUCUAACACACCGGUUCACGUGGACUCGGAUCUGCAAGUUGGAAGGUCCUUCUCUCGAGUCCUCGCACCGAUUCUUCUUCUUCCUUCAUCCUCUUCCUUUAGUUCUCGAGGUUCGCAGUUUUCAUCAACCACAGGCAUUGGCCAGUCGAACAACCAGCCACAGACGGGUCAGUUCACCAGAAGCCAGUCACACAGUCAGUCUACAGCUUUUACCCAAUCAAGCGAUCGGGGUGCGAGUCAAGGCGAUGCAUUAGCCAAUACUCAUUCAGGGAUUCAGACAGGACAGAGUGUAGAAAGGAGCAGCGGAUUCGCCAGUGGCCAAUCAGCUGGAGGAAAUAGAGGCUUUACUCAAUCAGGUUCUUUUAAACAGACUAGUGGAGGCGUAACAACCAAUCAGAUCCUGCAGUCCCCUGAACCGACCAUUCCCUCAGGAGCACAGGUGUUUUCAACCGUCUCCCUCAACCGUCAGAACUCUCUCUCUCGCGGGACACUCAACAAGGCCAACACUGACUCCUCGUCUGUCACUCCUCCUUCCUCCCUUGGUUCUUCCUCUUCCUUCACCCAAGAAUCUUCUUUUGGAUCUUCCUCCACCUCCUUCGGGUCCUCAUCUUUCACUUCCUCUCCUUCUUCAUCUUCUUUCGAUUCUUCUUCAUCUUUUGCUCCCUCAACCUCCUCCUCCUCUGCAUCCUUUUUCUCUGGUUCCUCUUCCUCCUUCUCCGGGACGGGGGGUGUGCGCGGCUCCUCCGGUAAUCCUUCCCUCGACGGCGUGCGAUCAACAACAGGAAGCACGACGGGUGAUGCAGGCCUGACGACAGGAAGAGUCGUCUCUGAUAACCAAGGACCCGCCACCACCCCCGCCUCGUCCUCGCGCUCGAUUACAAAUAAAAAUGAAGUCGUUAAUGGCUUCGCGCAGAGGGUGAGGCAGCAUUCGAACUCCCUUCACUCGUCCCGCUUCAACGGAGGGGCUUUUGUGGAGGCGAACAGUGUGGAGGGAGGUCCGUCGCCAGGCUCCGCUGCCGCCUCCUUCACCCCUUCGCACAGGCUCGGAGCCGGGAGCGUGGCUGGAGCAAGUGGCGGAAGAAGCAGCGUAGGUGUCAGCAUUAACAAUGUGUCAGGAGACUCAACAGCGCUGACUGGCCGUGAAUUAGGUACAGGUGUUUCCUCCAUUGUUCCUGUGCCUACCAAACAACCAACACAACCCACCACUAUCAUCACCAGGCAGCCAUCAUUCCCCGCCAGCCAGCCCUCGGCCUUCCCUCCCUCACAACCAUCCACCAUCACCACCAGACAACCACUCCUCCCCACCAGCCAGGCAAGUUUCUCCACACGCCAGCCAGGAAGACCCACCACAUCCCCACGCUUCACCUCCACCCAGGCUGCUCCAUCACAAGCAUUUUCAAGCCCUCUUCCAAGCACCCAGGCAGCGUCCACCUCGCGCCAGCCAGUUUCCCGGCAGACCACAAGUGUGCCUUUCAAAAUCCCAGGGUUUUCAGCAGGAGUGGUGCGGGUGGGCGGGGAGGUGAGGGAAGGUAGCGGGGUGCAGCCCUUCAACAGCCUCUCCACUUCACGUCGUGGGGAGAAGGACUCACUGGCAACGUCUGGAGCACAUAGCGACACCACUGGAAUUAAUCACGCUGGAUUUACCUCUUCUCCUUCCUCCUCGUUCUCCUCUUCCUCUCUUUCCUCUCCUUCAUCAUCACCAGGCCUUCAGUCCUCAUCAUUCAACUCCCACGCUUCCUCUUCUUUCUCCUCUUCCUCCUCCUCCUCUUCGACGGGUGUAAGAGGGAGCUUUUCUAACACAAUCCGGGGAUCGACACUUCCAGCCUCAGGAGCAACAUCAAGUUCAAGAGUUGGAGGAUCAACUUCUGGCUCCCGUGGCUCUCUCAGUAACACGGCUUCGGAUUCUUCACGAUCAAGAGGCCCAAUUUCCUCCUCCUUCGGAUCCCAGGGAGGAACUCAAGUUUCUAGUGGUUCUCUUGGCGCCACUUCCACUUCUUCCUUCAGAGGAUCCACCGGCUUCAGCUCCCAAGAACGUGGAUCAGCUCAAGGUUCAGCCGGUUCACAAAGCACAAGUGGAUCUUUUGGUUCACAGGGUUCAACUUCUGCCAACUCACAAGGAUCCUUCAGCGUUAACUCCAUAGGUAAUCGUGGAUCGUUCAACAAUCAAGAAUCAGCUGGUUCUCAGAGCGUCCGUGGAUCACAAGGCUCGCAAGCUUCCAGACCUGUUACAUCUCAAGGAUCGUCGUUCGGUGCUGGCAACACACAAAACACUCAAGGAACCGUCAGUACCCAGGGAGCAUCACAAGGAUCAUUUAGCACCUUAGGAACAGGUUCACGAGGAUCAUUCAGCACCCUAGGAUCAUCACAAGGAUCACGCAACACGCAGGGAACAUCACAAGGAUCAUUUAGAACCUCAGGAACAUCACAAGGAUCACGCAACACGCAGGGAACAUCACAAGGAUCAUUCAGUACCCUAGGAACAGGUUCACGAGGAUCCUUCAACAGCCAGGGAACAUCACAGGGAUCUUUCAACACUCUAGGAACAUCACAAGGAUCACGCAACACCUUAGGAACAUCACAAGGUUCAUCUAGCAUCCUAAGAACAAAUUCACGAGGAUCCUUCAACAGCCAAGGAACAUCACAAGGAUCAAGUAAUACUCAAGGAACAUUACAAGGAUCCUUCAAAACGCAGGGCACAUCACAGGGAUCCUUCAACACCCCAAGAACAUCACAAGGAUCAUCUAGCAACCAAGGAGCGAGUUCACAAGGAUCAUUCAACAGUCACGAAACAUCACAAGGAUCACAUGGGUCACUUCGAACACAGGGAACAUCACUAGGAUCAUUUAAUACCCAAGGGACAUCACAAGGAUCUCCCAGUACGCAGGGAACCUCACAAGGGUCCUUCAAUAUCCAAAGACCAUCCCAAGGAACAUCACAAGGAUCCUUCGACACUCAAGGAACAUCACAAGGAUCCCUCAACAAUCAAGGAACAUCACAAGGAUCCUUCAUCACUCAAGGAACAUCACAAGGAUCCCUCAACAAUCAAGGAACAUCACAAGGAUCCUUCAACACUCAAGGAACAUCACAAGGAUCUUUCAACACUCAAGGAACAUCACAAGGAUCCUUCAACACUCAAGGAACAUCACCAGGAUCCUUCAACACUCAAGGAAGAUCACAAGGAUCCUUCAACACUCAAGGAACAUCACAAGGAUCUCUCAGCACACAGGGAACAUCACAAGGAUCUUUCAACACUCAAGGAACAUCACAAGGAUCUCUCAGCACACAGGGAACAUCACAAGGAUCUUUCAACACUCAAGGAACAUCACAAGGAUCUCUCAGCACACAGGGAACAUCACAAGGAUCUUUCAACACUCAAGGAACAUCACAAGGAUCUCUCAGCACACAGGGAACAUCACAAGGAUCCAUCAACACUCAAGGAACAUCACAAGGAUCCUUCAACACUCAAGGAACAUCACAAGGAUCUCUCAGCACACAGGGAACAUUGCAGAGUUCUUUUAAUUCACACAACACUCACGGACACAACACACUCCACGGAAACUUCGACAGCAAGCACAGCACAUCGUCUCUCAAUAGUCAAGCAUCAGCAGAUACCUCAGGAUUUUCUUCAGUUAGCACACAGGGAUCCCACACACAGCACUCCAGAGGCUCCUCCACCCACAAUAACAUUAAAGACACCACCUCCAACUCCACCUCCAUACACUCUCAAGGAUCGGUUAGCCAGAGAGCAAAUACAGUCACCUCCAGUGGAUCAAGUGGUUUCCAGAGCUCUCGGGGAUCCGUCAGCACUGGAUCAGUAUCGUCGUCCAGCGCUGAAGUAAGAGCUGGAGGAUCGGUAACUGGGGCAAGAACCAAUGUAAGAGGAAGGACAAGGACAAGAGGACGAGUAGGAGUAUCGACACAAGAAGGAUCGCAGGGGACAUCAACAGCGUCAUCAGGAUUUGUAAGAGAAGCACAAGUUAACAUUCCACGCGGGGAUGUAACAGCUAUAUCAGCAGCAGAGAGAGUCGCCCAUGAGAUCCACCAGACGCGCGCAACGACUAGAGCACCUCAGACCUCCAGAGCCAUUACUAGGAAUCGAGGGAAGAAGAAAUUCACCCCUAGUCCUUACCUCCUCCAGACCUCUUUCUGGACCUCCAACGGCGCCGACGUCAGUAGUGCCUCCCAGUCCAUCCCCCGAGGCGGCCACAGGUUCUCAGGAGGCGUAGGAUCCUCCAGAACGACUCAGACUUCAAGUAGGACCACUACUCAAAGGGCUCGCGUGUUGAAUUCCUCAGGGACACAAGUUCAGGGUGUUUCUGGGACAGUAGAGGCGGAGGCUGCAAGGGAGUCAUCUGGAACACAGCAUAUUUCUUCUUUAGGCAGUUCUUCGUCUAUUGGUUCCUCAUUCGUGUCUUCUCAAGGGUCUGGUGUCUCGUCAACAUUCCAUCAGACAGGAUUUUCUCACGCCUCCAGCUCGAGUGGAUCUUCACGACACCGCGGGCCAUCUGUAAACCAAGACCAGCCGGCGUCCAGGGUGUCCUCGAGGGGAAGAGGAAGCCUUGUGUCCUCUUCCGUGCAGGCCAUCAACGCCCUCACCCGCACGGCCUCAUCUGAUAAUGAUCGCAAUAGUGAUUCACAGGAUUUCAGCAACAGAGGAUCAGUUAAAGCCUCACAAGACACAAGGACAACGAGUGGAUCAGUCAGUGAAGGCCAACAAGGCAUCAGAACACGUGGAUCAGUUAAGCAAAGCUCACAAAAUACAAGAACGACUAGUGGAUCAUUCAGUCAAGGUUCACAAGGCAUCAUAACAAGUGGAUUAGAUAGCCAAAGCUCACAAAAUACAAAGACGAACAGUGGAUCAUUCAGUCAAGGCUCAGAAAGCAUCAGGACAAGUGGAUCAAGUAGUCAAACCUCACAAAAUACGAAAACAACCAGUGGAUCAGACAGUGAAGGCUCACAAGAUAUUCACAGAACCAGUGGCUCAGUCAGUCGAACUUACCAAGAAAUUGACAGGACCAGCGGAUCUACUAAACAAAGCUCACAAGGCAGAAUCAGUGAAUCAGCCAGUCAAGGAUCACAAGACACCAACAGAGCCAGUGGGUCAUUCGGCAGAACCUACCAAGAAAUUGACAGAAAGAGUGCAUCGGUCAGUGAAGCAUCAGGGGUUACCGGCAGCUCCAGUGGGUCUGUCAGUCAGGGGUCAAACGACAUCGCAAGAGUUAACGAGGCAUUUGAGUCACAAAACGACAACAACAACGGACUCUUUACUCCCAGCGAGACGACCACGGACGAACCAGAGUACCUCCCACGACGGAGUUCGAGGACGAGGAGACGACUGAGGCUAACUUCGUCGACGAGACUGACCCGGCGACAACCUACACAUCGGAGUCCCCGGAGACGACUACAACUGCAUCCCCGCGAAGUCCUGGAAGAUCUCUCACCUCCAGUUUCCAGUACCAGAGAAUCAGCUAGAUUUUCAAGCAACUCCAUCAGGACCUCUUCCAGAAACAGACAAGUGAGUAGAGGAAGAGGAAGAGGUCAAACUCAAACUACAACGACUUCCACCACUACUACUACUACAAAUACUACUCCUGCCACGACUACUACGACCCCUUCCACACCUACCAAUCGCCGUAGAGUCAAUCGUCCUUCAAUACGACGACUGCAAAUAAAUAGACCAAGAUCACGUAAGGAGGAAGACACCACCGUCUCUCCCACGACCACCACGACUACCCCACGUACAACAAGGCCUCGUGUCAGUUUGCUCCAGCGACCCAGCAGUAGAGGUUCCAGGAGAACGACCACAACUUCCACUACUACUACUACUGCUGCUGGUAGUACUGAUGCCACCACGGAGAGCUCGAUGACAGAAGCUAAGCAAGAGCAAGCGACCACAGAAAACACAAGACGAAGAGGCUCCACCAGGAUAAGAGUUAGAGGUCGUCCUGAUACCAGAAGUCAAAGAAAUGAAGUCAGAACUACGACUACUGCAGCACCACCAGCCACAAACGAAGUACGACCUGUCACUACCACAACACAAAGGCCACGACCAGCACCACCAGCCAGAAACGGAGUACGACUUGUCACUACCACCAUAGCACCACAACCACAACCAGCAUCACUGACCAGAAACGGAGUACGACCUGCUACUACUCGAGCACCACAACCGCGACCAGCACCACCAGCACCAGCAGGAAGUACAACCACCACAUCGGGACUAAGUGAGGAGGAGAAGCAAAGAAAGAAAAUCCUGGACGCCUUAUCGAAGUUCAAUCCAUCAUUAGCGAACUCGAAAAUCCUUUCCUUCCGCAUCAUUCCCAACAAGAAAAAGGAGGAGCAGCCACAGCAGCCCCAAUCAGGAGUGAAGCAGGAAGGCGAUAUUACUUGGAUCACACCCUCAGGACCUCAACCAUCAUCACGCUCGCUUACAUCAGCCAGCUUAGGAAAUGAGGUGACGACUGCAUCCACAGCAUCUCCACCUUCCACCACUACCAGGACGCCCACGAGACCAUCCACUAGAGGAAGAUUCAGACCACUUGUUGUAAGACCAAAUGAACAAGGAACAGAAACCACCACGCCUGCACCAGAGACUCCCACUACAACUGCUUCUUCUCGUGUUGUCAGUCCAUCUAGAAGAAGACUCAUUACCCAAAGGCGAGGUUCUUCUUCAGCAACGACCACGGAAGCUCCUGAAGAGACAACCGCAGUGCCAGAGGAGGAGGAAGUGGCAACUACAGCACGCACAAUCACCAGGGGCAGCAGCAGCCGAUUCUCCAGCAGGACACUCAGCCUGAACACACAGAAAAGAGCCACUACCACCACUUCUCCAGUAACGCCACCCAGUGAAGUUCUCACACCACCCCCGCCAAUAAAAAGGCCGCCAGGAAACGUGAGAAGAAAAAUAUUGAAGAAAGUAACUCGAGUAUCUGAUGCCGAUGACCUUCCUUCCUCACUACUCCCUCAAAAUAGUUUUUCCUCUGAUUCCUCCUCCUCCUCUUCCUCCUCCUCCUCUUCGCCCUCUUCUUCCUCACCCUCUACCUCCUCUUCUUCACCCUCUUCCACCUCGACCUCCUCCUCCAGUACCGCUGCCACUUCUGCCUCCUCCAGCUCACAAGAAAACCUGAGAGUGGUAGGAACAAGUGUACAGACAAGCGUGUCACGAAGAACCUCCACCACUAACACACUCUCCUCCCGCACAUCAGCAGCGUCAAACAGACGCUCCUCCUCCUCCUUCCGUAGAGUGACUAGACCCUCCUCCUCAACGUCCUCCUCCUCCUCCUCCUCCUCUUCUUUAUCUAAAAACGCCAUAGAAGAAGAAACAGACACGCCUUCCUCCUCCUCGGCAAAAAUCAACGCAGGUGACGAAACAGAAGAGACUGAAACGAACACACGAACCAAUACCUCGAGACGUUCACGAUUUCAAAGCUCCAGAGGAAGGACUCGCUUCACUCCCCCAUCCUCCUCGUCUUCUUCCUCUUCCUCCUCCUCAGCAAGCGACAGGAGUUGAUUCACUGCCAUAUUAAACUUUUGAAUAUAUGUUAAUAUCGCCAUGAUACACACACACCUGAGCGCAUUACCUAGAUGUAUAAGAGAGCUUACCUGUUUUUGUACUUUUUAUAAUCUUUCUUUCAAUCAGUAUUUUAUCCUUUUCCAUAUUUCUUUUAUUUCUUCUCUAUUUCUCAAAUCUUUAAUAAGUUUUUAGACAUUAUUUUAUCUGCGCAAUCUACUUUUAUUCCCAUUCCUGUUCUUUAUCAAUUUUUUCACUUGUAGUUUUAUUCUGUAUUUUCUUCACGAUUUUUUCUUAAUAAUUUUUCUUUCAGGUCUAAGAUAAAUUUCUAAUCCUUUUUUUUAUAUUCUUCAUCUCAUUAAUCAACCUCUUCUUCUUUUUCUUCUUUUUUCAUCCUCUUAAUCCUCUUUCACUAUUUCCUCUACACACAAACGAUGUAUAGGCAAGGACUUUUUAACAUUACUUAUAUAUGACUUUUUUUACCCAUUACCAUUUAUGUAUUAUAAUAAUUUAAGACCAAAAUAAAGAACUUUGAUUA